AUGGUCUGGUUUGCGUAUUGUGAUGAUGAACCCGACUCCUUCAUCUCCUUCGACCCAGUCUUCACCGACACGCAACACAACCUCACAAACCCUAACUUCGUCUUCGACUUCGUAUUGGUUUACAGGCGAGCCCCCGAACCGGACUCAGAUUCAGACGACGUUCUUGAAGACCUCUGCGACUUAGAAACUCAAGUCUUUAGUGAAACCCUCGAGUUUGAUAGAGAGUGGCUCAUCGGUGGCGAUAGGGAUCAGAUAAAAUCCAACGUCUUUCACAUUCUUGAGAUGAUCCAAGUCCCUUCUUACUCUGACAUUGUUCACACGUUAACUAUAGAUCUCUUGGAUUUAAAGAAACACGUGUCCGUGUCUGAUUCUCCCGAGAUUGAGAGGAUACGAGUCGAGAUUGACACCAUCGUCCCUAGGUUUCCCGACGACGUCGAUAUGGAACUCGAGCUAUGA